AUGAAUACCAGCAUCCCUCCCUGGCGAGCGACCGCUGUGGCUCCUUCUACUGCAGGAGCUUUCCCAUCUGCAGCACCCGCCUAUAUUCCAGUACAAGCCCGUCGUAGUCUGAAUCAUCAUAACAAGACCAACCUCUCAGCCUCGAACGGAGCACCCCAACCUUCAUCAUCGACACCGGAUAUGUCCCAGCCUCGAGUGGAGUUCUCUCCUGCUAUUCGCACCUAUGUGCAGCGAUGCUUUGCUCCUGAGAAUCAGAUCGCCAGCGUGAGCAUGGUUGAAAUGCAGGAGAAGCUACGAGAAGUCAUCACAAACGCCGCCGAAAAGGAUCGACUUAACGCAAUCGACUGGGAAAGGCUGCAACUACCCCAGGUCAUAAUCCAAAACGAACGGAAUAAGAUCUUGGCCAACCCCAGCGUUUCGAGUUGGGCCAUGUCCAGCCAGCCCGCAUCCCCCGGAGACGCUUCGCGUAAGCGCAAAUCGACAGACAUCCACCAACAACAGUCCGAGCCUGACUCGCCACCGUGGAGAAAAACUAACAAUCGCAAUCGUUUUGAAGACCGAAUCACUAAACCCACAACAGAGAAGAAAAGCCGCAUGGAACUGGACACGUCUAGUAAGUCCAAAGCUAAUUUGGAGAUGAGGAAGAAGCGGUUCGAGGGGGCUGGUGCCACUUAUGGGAAAUCUGCCACCUCAUCUCCCCAGCCCGAAGUGGAUCAGGGACCUGUCGUUGGACGAUGCCAGACCCUAGAGAAAAACUAUUUCCGUCUAACUUCUGCCCCAAAUCCGGAUACUGUUCGUCCUUUGCCGGUUUUGGCAAAAACCUUGGAUCUCUUGAAGAAGAAGUGGAAGCAAGAGGGCAACUAUGGUUACAUCUGUGACCAGUUCAAGUCCCUUCGCCAGGACUUGACCGUCCAGCAUAUCCGGAAUGAAUUCACCGUGUCUGUUUAUGAAAUCCAUGCCCGCAUCGCCCUGGAGAAAGGGGAUCUUGGUGAGUACAACCAGUGCCAAACCCAGCUGCGGGUUCUCUACUCGCAGCAACUGGGUGGCCACCCAACGGAAUUCAAAGCAUAUCGUAUUCUUUAUUUCAUUUACACCCGAAAUUGGACCGCUAUGAAUGAUACGUUAGCCGACGUAACCGCUGAAGACAAGAAAGACCUUGCUGUCAAGCACGCGCUUAACGUCCGCUCUGCUCUCGCGCUUGGUAACUAUCAUCGGUUCUUCAUGCUUUAUCUGGACACCCCCAAUAUGGGUGCGUACCUCAUGGACAUGUUUGUGGACCGUGAGCGGCUGAGUGCUCUUGCCGCCAUCUGUAGAGCCUACAAGCCUGAUGUGAAUAUUCGGUUCAUCACCGAAGAGCUGGGCUUUGAGUCCGAUGAGCAGACCGCACGUUUUGUCAUUGACAACUCCUCCGCGGAGUUGCUUGAAGAGAAAAGCGGAACUGUGAGGCUUUUGACUGGCAAAGCGGGUGGGCUAUUCGAACAAGCCAAGGCAGAAGCUCACCGCGUCGUCGAUAUCAAAGGGCAGAUCUAA